ACAACACAUUAUAACAAAGCACGCGCCCCUCUCUUUUAUCUCUCUUCCUCUGUCUUUAGCUGUCUACUACCUUAACCGUCUCAAUUAUUAUUUAUUAUUAUUAAUAAUUAUAAUUCUUAUUUAUUUUACCACUAGUAUUAAAUUAAAAUUCUCUUCUUACUUUGUUGCUCUCUGCAACAAGAAUCUCUAUCAAGCUUCAAUUCGAAUCCAUUUUUUCUGAUUAGGGUUUCCGAAUCUUUUAUGCGUUUGUUUCUGACAGAUCUCAAUUCAACCUACAAUGUCCGGACCCCUGGAUCGAUUCGCAAGACCUUGUUUUGAGGGGUUUUCGGGUAGUGAUGAGAAAAGAGAGAGGAGAUCUGAUUUUGAGAAUUCAGAAGAUGAAAGGAGAACCAGAAUUGGAUCCCUUAAAAAGAAAGCUUUGAAUGCAUCAACGAAAUUCAAACAUUCUCUUAGAAAGAAGAGUGGAAGGAGAAAGAGUGAUGGUAGAGUUAGCUCUGUUUCGAUUGAGGAUGUUCGUGAUGUUGAGGAGCUGCAAGCUGUUGAUGCGUUUCGUCAGUCUUUGAUCAUGGAAGAGUUGCUUCCUGAUGCAUUUGAUGAUUAUCAUAUGAUGUUAAGAUUUUUGAAAGCUAGGAAAUUUGAUAUUGAAAAAGCAAAACAUAUGUGGGCUGACAUGCUACAAUGGAGGAGAGAGUUCGGUGCUGAUACCAUUUUGCAGGAUUUUGAGUUCAAAGAGUUAGAUGAAGUUGUAAAAUAUUAUCCACAUGGCCAUCACGGUGUAGAUAGGGAGGGAAGGCCUGUUUAUAUUGAAAGGCUUGGAAAAGUUGAUCCCAACAAACUUAUGCAGGUUACAACUAUGGAUAGAUAUGUAAAGUACCAUGUGCAAGAGUUUGAGAAAUCUUUUGCAAUAAAGUUUCCUGCUUGCACUAUUGCUGCCAAGAGGCACAUAGACUCAAGCACCACAAUCUUAGAUGUUCAAGGAGUGGGCCUUAAGAAUUUUACAAAGUCAGCCCGGGAACUCAUUAUGCGGUUGCAGAAGGUCGACGGUGACAAUUACCCUGAGACACUCUGCCAAAUGUUUAUUAUAAAUGCCGGCCCUGGAUUUAGACUGUUGUGGAGCACUGUCAAGUCUUUUCUUGAUCCCAAAACAACUUCAAAGAUCCACGUUCUUGGUAACAAGUAUCAAAGCAAGUUACUUGAAGUAAUUGAUGCCAGUGAGUUGCCAGAAUUUCUGGGAGGUACCUGCACUUGUGCAGAUCAGGGAGGUUGCCUUAGAUCUGAUAAAGGGCCAUGGAAAAACCCUGAAAUAUUCAAGAUGGUUCUCAAUGGCGAAGCUCGGAGGGCAAGGCAAGUAGUAAAGGUUCUCAACAGUGACGGGAAGGUUAUUGCGUAUGCCAAGCCACGAUACCCAAUGGUAAAAGGCAGUGAUACAUCUACCGCUGAAUCAGGGUCAGAAGCUGAAGAGAUUGCUUCUCCAAAAGCAAUGAAGAACUAUUCGCACCUUAGACUGACCCCUGUUCGUGAGGAAGCUAAGAUAGUAGGAAAAUCAAGCUAUGCUAGUAACUUGUCUGGGUAUGAUGAAUACGUUCCAAUGGUAGACAAACCUGUUGAUGCUGAAUGGAAGAAGCAAACAUCUCUACAGAGGUCUAAGUCUAAUAUCUUAAAAGGAUCACGUCCUCUUCCUGACAUACAAAAUACUCCAGAAAGAAUCCAUGCUCGGAUAUGGAUAGCACUAACUGCCUUCUUCUUGAUGGUACUUACUAUUUUCCGUCAAGUUGCUUGCCGCAUGACCAACAAGCUUCCUGCAAUAUCAUCUAAUGAUGAUCAGAGAACUUCAGAACCAACUCUGGAGACAAGAAACAUGACAGUUCUUCCUCCAUCAACCCAAACACAUACAGAGGAAAAUCUCCUCCCCUCCUUGCUGAAAAGGUUAGGUGAUCUUGAAGAGAAGGUUGACACACUCCAAUCUAAGCCAUCUGAAAUGCCUUAUGAGAAGGAAGAAUUGUUGAAUGCUGCUGUCUGCCGGGUGGAUGCUUUGGAAGCAGAGUUAAUUGCUACUAAAAAGGCUCUGUACGAAGCAUUAAUGAGGCAAGAAGAGCUGCUUGCUUACAUUGACCGCCAAGAAGAAGCCAAGUUACGGAAAAAGAAGUUUUGCUGGUAAAAUAUACUGCUGAUAGAAAGAUACUCUACAGAGGAGGGUUGUUUCUCAUUGCACGGUUGUACUUAUACUUCUGGAAUGUUGUAACCCAUGAUGUAACUCUACCCACUGUUUUUCAGUGUAAAAUGAGUAAAAAACUAAAUGGAAAACUACUUCAAUCAAAUGUGUGUAUAUCUAGAAUACCAUCUUUGCUAGCUUGUUAAACACAAGCUCUGUCAGUUUUUGUUGUGAUCACUUUUGUUUACCCUUGUAUUUGGUUUGUUUUCCUUGGUUGAAAAGCUUUUGUUUGCACAAGUUCACAUUACUUGCGCAGAGUGAUCAAGAUUUCUUGCUGAUCUUAUUCUCUGGUUUUUGUAGAUUUGCUUUCUCCAGAAGUAAAAAUGUAGCUCUUUCGUUUU